AUGCGACCAGGACGAGAUCCGGAAGACGAGCCUUUACUAUCGUUAUCAGCAUCCUCAUCUGCCUCAACCGCAUAUUCCGCCUUUCCUCGCCUACAGAAACUGACAACAUCAAACCUGUCAGAAGCAGGAAACAACACUGGCCGAGUAUCACAGGACUCAGAUUCAUCUGCCCUUGAUCGUUUCCUAGCGUCGGAGCGUAACGGAUUCGCGUCAUCUCGAUCUGGUAUAUUCUCUCGCAUUCCUGGAUUUCAGACAUUGCAGCAAUGGACAACAUCAAAUCACAACAACUAUUGGUCUGUGUCAUCGACAGAUUACUAUUAUGGGAUACAGAGUAGGAAUAGUAUACGUGGUCAGUUGAGAGCACUUGUCUCGGAUAUAUGGAGAGUCACUGUGUUGAAAGCUACUGUUGCAUAUCUUGUUGCAACCAUGUUUACGUUUGUGGAGCCUGUCAGUGUGCACUUUGGGAGAUACUCAUAUUUGACGGCUAUGGCAAUAUGCUACUUUCAUCCCGCAAGAUCUGUUGGUGCUAUGGUCGAGGCAUUACUCUACUGCCUUGCUGGGGUCACAUUUGGUUCUCUGGUAUCGGUUGGGGCACUACACAUCGUAUACUAUUACGAGAACGAGGAAAAGGAACGUACAACCGCUCAUCUCUUGAUAUUGGGUGUAUUGGCAAUGGCCACCUUCGUGUUGGCUUAUGUACGUGCUGUUUAUGGUCAAAAGAGACCAUCGAUAUCUACAGGAACCACUUUGGCACAUCUGAUUACAUUUGUCACGAUAACUCAAAUGCCAAAUCCGGACUUGUUGGAGUUUCAACCAGACAAGAUAUUAAGAGUGUCUAUGGCUUUGGUGGUUGGUACCGUGAUUAGUUUCUCGUGCUGCUGUUUGAUUUCUCCUUACACAGCUUCAUCAGAACUCAAAAAGAGUAUAGCCAAAGCAUUAGCCAACUUGAGGAAAUUCUUUGAUACUCUGGCUUCUUCAGUAUCGUUGAACACAGACUCUCAAGGAAAUUCAAUAGUGUUCAAUAUCCCAAUACCGAAUCAUCAAGGAGCAGCUGCGCCUGCUUCUCCAUCUCCAUUGGAAUCUUUGUCUCCUUCUGAUGAGCAAGAACCACGACACUCGCUUGAUACUGGUGUCGAUGUCGAGUCUAUUGCUUCUCAUCAUGAUCAGUUGUCGUCGCUUAUCAAGGAGCAUCAGACAUUACUUCUCGCUCUAGACUCCUUACGAAUCGAAACCAAAUUCGAAACACUCUCCGCAAUACGACUUCACUAUCCAAACUAUAUCCACAUAUUUGACUCGAUUUCACGCUUGACUCAACACCUGUCAGGUCUGAAAUCAUCCGUCAUGGACAUUGAUCGGAGAAUAGCAGGUGGUCAUCCAACACCAGCUCUCACUCAAUUCCUAGAACAAAUGGGUCCAUAUCUUCGUCGUCUCAUAUCAACAGCUCGACAAGCUAUUGCUCUGGUAGCUGCUGCUCUUGCUGAAGAAGAGAAGAAGGGUGGAGAUAAUGGGGCUGUGGAACGUGGUGUUAUAUUGCCGGCGUUGAUUACUCUAGAACGGAAACUUGGUGAAGCUGUGAGAGAGUUUGAUGUACAGCAAAAGCGUGUGUUGGUAGAUCUAUAUGAAAAGGUCAAUGAAGAUGUCUUUCUUGUCUACUUUUUCGUAUUUGCAUUGAUGGAAGUGGGAUCUGAAUUGCAGCACUUGGUGGAAAACAUUGCUGACUUGAGACGUGCCGAAGCUCGUGUUCGUGAAGCCGGCAAGGUUCAAUUUUGGUUGGCUAGUCGACCAUUGUCGACUAUGAGUACCGAGUCAACCGCAUCGCCAGUAAAUACAACAGCACCUAGUUUACCACACACACCUGGGUUACAAGAUGCAUCUCGAUCCACAGUCUUUCGAAGACUCAUGGCCCUUGUAUGGAUUUGGGCAACAGGAUUUCGAGCAUUUGAGAUUCGAUUUGCCAUCAAAACUGCUGCCACCAUUGCUUUAUUGAGUCUUCCUGGAUUUAUAAAUAGUACUCAAGAUUGGUAUUAUGAGUACAGGAUGUGGUGGGCACUGACAUCAGUAGUAGUCGUUUUGACUCCAAGUGUUGGUGGAACGAACGCUGCUGGCAUGUGGCGAAUAGUUGGUACUAUUGGUGGUGCUCUCGCUGGUUGUCUUUCAUGGGUCAUGUUUCCCAACAAUCCUCUGCUUCUCUGGUUGGUUUGUGGUAUCGUCGCUGUGCCGGCCUUUUAUGUGUUUCUACAUACUAAAUAUGCCAAGAUUGGACAGGUCUUUUUGAUGACCUAUACGAUUGUUUUAUUGAAUCGUUACGCCAAUCCUCUGGAUCAAUGGACUGGACGUGAUAUAGGAAUUGAAGAGUUUGCGUAUAAGAGAGGUAUCGCGGUUGUGGUUGGAGUAGUUGUUGGAUUGUUCGUGUCUUGGUAUGUUUGGCCGUACAAGGCUCGUGAUGAAUUACGCAAAAUCUUAUCAUCAACCUUAUUUGAUAUGGGCGUCUUGUAUUCGAAACUCGUAUCUCUAUUCACAUCAACUCUGCCACCAACAUCCGAUGAAUUCUUUGCUCUGGAGAUAUCGCUACGUAAUUCAUUGACUGAAUCUCGUGCUUUGUUGACAUUGACUCGUCAUGAACCACGUAUAAAAGGACGUUUUCCCACUGUAUCGUAUGAUCGAAUCAUCACGGCUCUAAAUGAUAUAUUGGACCGAUUUGUGUCUAUGAGAGUUGCUGCUUGGAGAGGUCGUGAUGCUCAUCGGCAUGUGCGACAUGAUUUUGUUGGGGCCAUUGAGGAUGUGAGACGUGAGAUGGUCGGGGCUGUCCUCCUCUACUUUUACGUCCUGGCAGGUGCUCUCGUCAUCAAAUCACCUCUCCCACCACAACUACCCAACGCAGAUGCAGCUCGAGUACGACUCGUAUCUCAAGUCCGUGAAUUACCCAUGGUACGAGAGAUGGGCAAACAUCGAGGGGACUCGUCAUACUUGUAUUAUUAUUCUUAUAUUCUUGCUAUGGAAGAUGUUAUUCGAGAGAUGGAAUUACUUGGAGCGCUCAUGAAGGGUUUGUUUGGUGAGAUUUCGUAUGAGGAGAUGACCAGACAUAAUUUUAGUACUGGCCAUGAUUGA